GCAACAACGAAGGCGAUGUCGAUAUCGAAACGUAUCCUAUUUGUAACCUUUUUGUCAACCUUGUUGAUUACUUCCAGAUUUGCACAAGGCGAUAAUAAAAACGAUGGCGACGAGGAGGAGGAGGAAGACGAUGGCGGUAGCGCAGAUGAAGAGGUUGUGAAUGCGGAAACAGGCGUCACGUACGACGGACGAUCUUUGAUCAUUAAUGGAAAAAGAGAGCUUGUGUUUUCGGGUUCCAUUCAUUACCCUCGCUGCCCCCCAGAGUACUGGGAGGAUCUCAUUGCCAAGGCUAAACGUGGAGGCCUCAACUCGAUCGAGACUUACGUUUUCUGGAACGGUCAUGAGCUGGAGAAGGGGAAGUACUAUUUCGAAGGAGAUUAUGACUUGAUAAAGUUCAUUAAGUUGAUCGACAAGCAUAAAAUGUUUGCGAUCGUGAGGUUCGGUCCGUUUGUCCAGGCUGAAUGGAACCAUGGAGGAUUGCCUUAUUGGCUAAGGGAGGUUCCCGGCAUAAUAUUCCGUUCCGAUAAUGAACCGUUCAAGCAUUACAUGAAGAAGUUUGUUACGAUGAUCGUCGAAAAAUUGAAAGGAGAGAAGUUGUUUGCUUCUCAAGGAGGACCUAUCAUUGUAUCUCAGAUCGAGAACGAAUACAACACUAUUCAACUAGCAUUCAGAGAAAAAGGAGAAAGCUAUAUUCAAUGGGCUGCAAAGACAGCCGUAGACAUGAACAUCGGCGUUCCAUGGAUAAUGUGCAAGCAGAAGGAUGCACCAGAUCCAGUUAUCAAUUCCUGCAAUGGCAGACACUGUGGAGAUACUUUCGUCGGUCCAAACAAACCCAACAAGCCUUAUCUAUGGACCGAGAACUGGACUGCACAGUACCGAGUAUUUGGAGAUCCGCCAUCUCAACGGUCCACAGAAGAUUUGGCAUACUCGAUCCUUCGGUGGUUCUCCAAGAAUGGGACUUUGGCUAACUAUUAUAUGUACUACGGUGGCACAAACUAUAACAGAACAAGCGCGGCUUUCGUGUCGACUCAAUACUAUGACGAAGCCCCUAUUGAUGAAUAUGGUUUAAUCAGAGAACCAAAGCAUGGCCAUCUCAAGGACGCUCAUAGGGCAGUAAACUUGUGCAAGAAGGCAUUACUUUUAGGGACUCCUUCGGUCGAAAAGUUGGGCCCUAAGCUAGAGGCUCGAGUCUGGCAGGUGCCGGAUACAGCAAUCUGUGCUGCUUUCUUAGCCAACAAUGACACGGCUACACCGGCUACAGUUCGUUUCAAGGGAGGAGAAUACUACCUGCCAGCUAACUCCAUAAGUGUCCUCCCUGACUGCAAGACCAUGGUUUACAGCUCCCACUUGAUCACAUCACAACAUAACUCAAGAAAUAUGGAAAGAUCAAAAGCUGCUAACAAUUUUGAGUGGAAGAUGUACAAAGAAUCUCUUCCGACCCAAUUUAAAAAUAAGACCAACCAGCCGGUGGAGUUAUAUUAUUUGACCAAAGAUACGACAGACUACGCUUGGUACUCGACCACUAUCCCUUUGAGCGAACGCGACAUGCCACUUAAAAAGGAUGUCCGACCGAUCAUUCGGAUCGCAAGUGAAGGCCAUGGUGUUUAUGUCUUUCUGAAUGGCGAAUACGUAGGUUUUGGACACGGUAGCAAAGUCGAGAAGAACUUUGUGUUUCAGAAAGAUGCAAGUUUUAAGACUGGGAAAAACACUAUUCAUCUCUUGUGUUACACUGUGGGACUUCAGGAUAGCGGUGCCUACUUGGAGCGUAGGUACGCUGGGCCUCGUUCAAUCACCAUUCUCGGUUUAAACACUGGUACAAUCGAUAUAACGACGAUCGGUUGGGAGAACCUGGUAGGAAUUGAUGGAGAAAAGAAGCAAUUAUACACCGAGGAAGGCUCACAAUCAGUACAGUGGGCAACUCCUAGCGGUGAUAAACCCCCUAUAACAUGGUACAAGGCAUAUUUUGAUGCACCUGAAGGAAACAACCCAAUAGCCCUUAGAAUGACUAAUAUGGGCAAAGGCAUGGUGUGGAUCAAUGGAAGAAGCAUUGGCCGAUACUGGAUGUCCUACUUGUCUGCUCUUAAACAACCAACUCAAUCCGAGUACCAUAUCCCAAGGACAUACAUAAAACCAACAAAGAACUUGAUCGUCGUGUUCGAGGAAGAGGGAGGCAAUCCUAAGGAAAUCGAGAUCGUACUGGUCGAUAGGGACACGAUCUGCAGUCUCGUAAGCGAAAAACACACGCCAUCACCGAGGCUAUUCAAGAGCGUAAACGGUAACCUACGUGCAAAGUCGAAUGACUUGAAGCCCAGUGCAAAACUAGUAUGUCCCAAGGAGAAGAAGAUCGUCGCCGUCGACUUCGCCAGCUUCGGAGAUCCCUACGGGACUUGUGGGAACUUCUUCUUCGGGAAUUGCACGUCCUCCGUUUCCAAACAAGUCGUGGAGAAAUUCUGCCUGGGAAAACCGGACUGCAAGAUCCCAGUGGACGAGGGGCAUUUCGGGAGCCAAAACGAUGCUUGUUCUAAUCUGAAGAAGAAACUGGCCGUCCAAGCCCAGUGUGGUUAGCUUGAGACCAUUUCUGGGCAUUCGACAGAGCCGAAAACUAGUUUCUGAACCAUUAACAUUUUGUAAUAGGAUGAUUGUUCACCUUCCAAACCUGGGGAUUUUAUUUGUU